AUGACUCGCAAAAGGUCCACUUGUAAUAAUAAUGGCUACUCCGUGACCAAAUUGAAGUACAAAUUUGCCGAGUUCGUGCUGAAAGAGGCAUAUUGGGGCACAGUGAAGGAACCUGUGCUGCUUGCAAUGUUUACCAGUGUCAGAGUUGCUAGGAACAUCAGAAAGCACUCCGGAGGGCACGUGGGGAAGGAUUUCCGGUUAGUGCACAGAAAACCCAUUUUUAGUUCCGCUGGCACUGGCGAUGGAGAGGUAGUGGAAACAAGCACAGCCCUUUUCAACUCAAGAAAGGGUAUCGGGUGA